UCACAUUGACUGUUGCGAACAUUAUAUACAACAACCCACUCUGAGGUCUAAAAUGGUCUUGCUUUUCUUCAAAUCCAUAGCAAAACUUUGAAGAGGUGAAAAUUUUCAUCUAUUAGAUACGAUGAGAGACAAGAAAAGGCAACAUCUGUUAUAUCCCGCAUUAAGGGUAUCAUUCUCACAAAGGUACUCACCCACAGGAAGCCUAUAAUUAGACGCCGUGUGGGCAGGUCCGCACCCACCAUUGUGGGACCAAUUCCAAGUGAAAAGAGCCGGUAGCAACCAGAAUUUGACAGGGAGCUGGCUGAAGGGAGCUUGCAAAUCAGGAACCCCUGCUGCAUUCAGAGUGAGGGUUUCAUUAUUCUGCCUCAAUCUGUUACUCCUCACCAGAGAAGAAGAGUGAUAAGAGAAUGGUGGCUGGAAUGUGGAUUAUUGCAUUUUAUCUCCUUGGCACCGUAGCAGGUAAAGAAGUUUGCUACCCCAGGAUUGGCUGUUUCACAGAUGAUCCACCCUGGUCUGGGAUACCAGGGAGACUUCUGACAGGUUUGCCUGACAAUCCGGACGAUAUGAACAUCACUUUCUCCCUCUACACCAGAGAAACAGGAAAUAACUCACAGCUCAUCUCAGCAAUAAACCCCUCAACGAUCCAAAACUCACGUUUUUCCUCAAGUAGGAACACCACCUUCAUCAUUCAUGGAUUUGACAGCACUGGAAGAGAAGGCUGGGUGGUAGAAAUGUGCUUGCUGUUACUGGAAGUGGAAAAUAUCAACUGUAUUGCUGUCGACUGGAAAGAAGGUGCAAAAGGCACCUACAUCAGUGCAGUGAACAACCUCCGUGUCAUUGGGGCUGAGAUUGCCUAUCUCAUCAAAAUUUUAAAGAAAGUCUCCAGAUGCUCCCCUUAUGAUAUCCAUUUAAUUGGCCACAGCCUGGGAGCACACACUGCAGGAGAGGCAGGAAGAAGGACUCCAGGCAUCAGACGGAUAACAGGUUUAGACCCUGCUGGGCCCUGUUUUGAAGGCACUCCUCCUGAGGUGAGGCUGGAUCCUUCAGAUGCAAACUUUGUUGAUAUCAUUCACAGUAAUGCUGCUCACUUUCCUGCCGUAGGGUUUGGAAUAUAUAACACCACUGGUCACCUGGACUUUUACCCCAAUGGAGGAACUGUGAUGCGUGGAUGCACUGAUUUACUUCCAGACAUGAAAAAAAGUGAAUUUGAAGCUAUCAUUGCAGAUGCUACAGUCUUUGGAGGGUGCCAUCACUCCCGCAGCCAUGAGUAUUAUUUCAAAAGUAUCCUCUAUCCCACUGGAUUCUUUGGAUAUCCCUGCAAAAGUUAUGAUUCCUUUGAUUCGGGAGACUGUUUCCCAUGUCCAAAAGAGGGGUGUCCAAUGAUGGGGCACUACGCUGACAGAUUUCCAGCCAAACUGGAGAGGGUAAACCAAAAGUAUUUUUUAAACACAGGAGCAGACCCACCUUUUGCUGCUUGGAGACAAAAGGUACUUAUCCAGCUGUCUGGUGCAAAGAAAACGAGAGGGGACAUAAAACUAGUUUUCCAUGAUGCAGAGGGCAACACAAAAAAAUAUGAUAUUGCCAGUGGAGACCUCUCUGAAGACCAAGUUUAUGCAAAAUAUCUUGAUGUUGAAAUUAACCCCCAAAAAACUGCAGAAAUUGAAUUUCUCUGGAACAAAACCCUAUUUACCCUUCUUUGGGCAAGACUGGGAGCAGAAACAGUCAAUAUAACUCAUGGAGAUGGACAUAGGUAAGUGUGUCCCUUUACAGC